AUGUCUGGUCGCCCUGCAGCCCUCUCUCUUUCACUCAAGUCUUUGAAAAUGAGUGCUGAACCUUUUCAAAUAUUCGUUAGAGGUAUCGAAGGAAAGACGACUACGUAUAAUGAAAUCACUUCCGCAACUAAGGUUAUAGAUCUUAAGAAAAAGGUGAAAGUCAAGACUGGUGUGGAAACUAAUCAACAACGUCUCAUUUUUGCCGGGAAACAACUCGAUGAUGAUUUUACAAUGGAUUACUAUAAAAUAAUAAAGGGUUCUACAAUUCAUUUGGUCCUUAGACUUCCAGGUGGCGUAGAUGAGAAACGUCAUGAUCCCAAUAGUGGCGUUGAGCUAACUAACGAGCCCGACAUGAUAACCUGGGAGGAAGACCCAGAUAAUUUACGUGCAAAGAUGCCAUGUGGCCAUGCUAUUGGACCUGAGUCCUUGACUGCCUUUUGCAGAUCUCUUGUUAGCGAAGGCAAAUUUCAAUUUUUUUGUCCGUAUAUCAAUCCAACAAACGACGUUCGUUGCCGUGCGGAAUGGCAAUACAUUGACAUCCGCAUGAUAGGUCUGCUUACUGAUGACGAACGCCAAUAUUUUGAGUCAAAGAUUAGCGAAAAUUACUCUCUCCGCGCUCUCGGUGUUCAAGAAUGUCCUCAGAAACCAGGAGCUGGAGAAUUCGCAUUUUGUUGGUACUGCGUGCAUGAAGUUAAGAGUUUUGAUGGUUAUCGUUGUAAUAACAAUCAAUGUAGAGGCAUCGAUCCUCGUCUAGCCAUUCUCAAAAAUGCGACCUUAAAGGAAGUAAGCAAAGUACCUGGAGUCCCAUCGUGCCGAGCAUGCCCCAAAUGUGGUACAAUUAUCGAACAUGAGCGCGCUUGCAAGCACAUGAAAUGUCUUUGCGAUCAAGAAUUCUGGUAUUUGCUUUAA